GUCAAUUGUCGAUCCAGUUGAAUCUGAGUGCUUUAGUAGAUUAUGCCUUUGUAAGAUCACGCUUUAAACGGCGGUGAAUCUCGACAGCGCACUAAAAUGAGAGGAACUAGGAAAUCUACGCUUAUGACUCCGGAUCCAUACCACAUACCGGGGUAGGUAAUAUCUGGCAGGAUUUUAUAAUCUGUCGCGCGCUGUGCAAAUCGCUUACUCCUCGCAAAUACUUUUAAAUAGAAUACGAACUUCAUUUUUGCCAGCGAGAAUUUAUGUCUUUAUGAUUGCUUUGCUUACGCAGUUAUUGCGGUUAUUGCCCACAAUUCAAGUACCAAAUUGGCGAAACUUUCGGAAGAACAACCUCUCAGCUUUUGACAACAUCUAGUGUGGCUAGCUCCGGCAGGCCUGUACUGUCCGACAUAACUCCACAUCCCCGACCGCCGAAGGACAACAGGAGAUCUUUGAUAGCGGCGCGUUGCAAAAAUCUCGGCGAUCAGAAAUUGUGCGAUGAAAUGGUGCCAAACUACACAGGUAGGAAGUAGAAGCGAUUUUUUUUCUUCCUUUAAGCUCUAACACAUAUCCUAAAGCUAUGUUUUGAAGCGAUUAUCUAAUCGUAUAUUAUAAUCCUUGGUACACAAACGAGUGUCAAAGAAGUUUAUUGCGGUUUGCUUUGCUAAAGAAAUGAAAACAAAUCGCUGCUUGUGGAGGGAUUCGUGAAAAGAUGUUGAAAUAUAGUGAUGUUUCACGACAAAAUCUAGAACAACUUUUAUCCCUUCCGCUAUAAACGAUAGAAAAUAAAUUGAAAGAAUUUAAAGGUGACAGGCACGAACACAAGAGUAGCGAGGGCUUUAUUCUCGUUUAGAGAAGGAGCAGAAACACCAGAAAGGCCGACAAUGUUCAAUUAAAAAACUUGAACCGUGUCUGAGCCUAGAAAAAGUGGUUUGAAAUCAUUUAAUUCGUUUUCGAGAGAUAUGGAAGAAUCAGGCGUCCCAGUGUUUUCCUGUCUUGUGACUCUUGUGGUGAAUAGUUUACAGCUGUAACCAAGGGAGCAGACGAGUCUCGAUUUCAUGAGCUUUAAAAUUUAUGUAAUGUAUGCGUUGCCCACCAGAUAACUGAAUAUUGCGUUACCUUUGUUUGUCAUAUUAUGAUAUGCCGCUGGAACAUACACCAGUUUAGGCAUAACAGAAUCAAAAUCGGAUAAAAUUGCUUUUUUGGUAAUCAACGUACUCGUGAAAGGAACAAUAUAUAUAAAAGAAACCGAGCGAUCGAAAAAGCUACCUUUCAUCCAAUUUGUGAAGGCACAAUCUAUUUCCAAAAUCUAAUCCAAUUCAUUAAAACUACAAACAGACAAAUAUACCAACACAGACGGUUUACAUAAAUGCAAUCGAAGUUUAGUCCUUUGGAGGAUAUCGAAAUAGAAGUCAAGAUUGAAACAUCUCCACUUAAAAGGAAAAUCUAAUACUCGGUGAGGCUUGUUAAACAAGAAAAAAAAACUAUAUUUAAUCUGAAAAAUUGUAAGGGUUUCCUUAUAUUGGUGAUGAAAAAAGGAAUGGAAAUAUUAUACUACUUUCAGCCAUUCGAUACAAUAUAUUCUUUGAUUUUGCUGUUUUGCUUGGUUUUCCUGGCUUUUCUCUUGGUAGCCUGGUUUCUCCUGGUUUUUCUUUCACAACCACAAUGAGAAGAAGGUCGAAGAGAUGGUACCUAGAUGAGACCGCCAAAAGGAAUAUGAAAUGAUCAACCUGGCUAUUAUAAUUUUUUUGUAUCGAAUGGCUUAAAGUAGUAUAAUAUUUCCAUUUCUUUUUCCAUCACCAAUCUAAGGAAACCCUUGCAGUAUUUCAGGUUAAAUAUAGUUCUAUUUUUAUUGUUUAACAGGCUUAAACAAUUUCUUAAAGCGCUCAAGAGGAUUUUUUUAGCUGUUAAAAAGUUACUUCAGCAAAAAAAAUUCAGGUGUAUCUGUGAUGAUAUUUGCCCACUAAAAAGGGCAGAUAUUUCGGCUUAAGUAUUGCUCUUAGUCAAACAAAUAACUGAAUUUGGCCGAAGGUUUUAACCUUCCCGUGUGUAUCAGAACUUAGUAAAAUAGGCUUGUCAGGGACCGCGCAGCAAGUUUUCGAGUGGGGGGGCUAAAGAAAAAUGCGUGAAAGAAAAUUUUUUUGUUAGAUUAUUUUUUGUUUAAUUUAUUUUUAUUCUUGCAAAAAGUGGGGGGGGGCUAAAGCCCCCCCAGCCCCUCCCUCUGCGCGGUCCCUGCUUGUAAUGAAGUAUGUCGGUGCCUUAAGAACUUUCAGUUUCCUCAAUCCUCUCUUUUAUCGAGAAGGAGUUAAGGACUCCAGCCAGAGACACGAGACUGCCUCGGUAAAUGAUUCGAGCAUAUUUAACAACAAUUCACUGAAGUGAAGGUGGCUAGUGGUGGACAGUUACCAAGCUGCAAAGCGGCGAGGUAAAUACUCAUUGCCAGACAACGACUCUGAGGUGAAUAGUUGUUUUAGUAUAUACUAGAAUAGUGAGAUAACAUAGCAAAAAAAAGUUGAUUUUAAUUUAUUUAGUCCUGCGACAAUUAAAUUAUUUUCGAGCGUAAAUCCCGUGUGUGCUGCUCGAAGGUGUAUAGCAAAGAAUAUUCGGAGCUUAAAUCGCCAAUCAGAGCGCGCCUUCCGCAGUAUUUACUCCUAAUUAUGUACUAAAUGAGUAAAUAAAGCGGUGCCGCAAAUUUCUAGCAAACGCACGCGGAUGACGUGACUUGAUAUGCCACCGACAGUUUUUUCAUAUGAGAAAAGUAAGUUGCAGAUGGAGGUACGUUUGGGCCCCGUACCCACCCCACAAGGGACACAGGGAAAUGUUUUCGUCGUCCCCUCACCACAAUCCCCCGAUGCGCGAAACAAAAACCCCACCCAUUUGGACAUGCUCAAAGCCAUCACAGCAUUUACCUCUCCCCCUUUUUUUUGAUCAUCAGGUUAUAUACCAAAAGGAGAGCAUUACUUUGGAAAACCUUACGCAGACACGUGUUUAAGCGCCAUUGCAAGUUUCCAGGAAGACCAAGUGAAAAAUAAUCGUAAGAUCCGCGACCUAAGAACAAUCGCAGAGUUGCAAAAAGGCAAAGACGUUCCCAAAGAAAUGCUAUCCAGUGAUACCUUGAUUACAGCCAAGUACAAGACUCCGCUCAAGUCAAUAACUAUUCGACCUAAGGCGUAUUAUUCCCCAUUCGCUUUACAACAUUCACUUUCCCCAUUCAUAAUGAGUAACGACGACCCGAAGAAGUUCCUCAUGUCGGGAUACACGGGAUUCGUCCCGCGAGCUAGGGGCGAAAUGGGAAUGGGCUAUCCCCUGUUGACGAAUAAAGCGCUGUGUGAUUUCACGGUUGAAAGUGACAGGCUGAAGCGUGUCAAGGAGCUACCGAUAACGGUCGAUCGACCCGAGAUCAAAAUCGUCGACACCAAGCCGAUUUACAUCCGAGGUUCGGGACAGGUCCCUCAUUACACUGGACAUGUGCCAGGUACAGUAUCCAUUCUCUACCAGUUUCCCUGGAAAUAGGAUUUCCUAAGGCGUUUGUAACGCCCGACAACUUUAAGUCGUACAGAACAACACUCUAUUAUAUCCUGUUGCUUAACGAACAAGUAUGUUGAUAUCUAAAACCCAUUACUAGAAGCAAAAUUACAUUGGAAUCGCUAAAGCUCGUUAGAUCUGCACAUCAAAGAAGAUCGCGCAUAUGAAAAUGAAGCAGCAAAACAAAAAGCAAAUUAGCGCCGGCCGAAACUUCAUAAAUGUCCAAAAGUUUGAAAAAACUCUGAAAAAACUUUGAACUCUUUCCUAACAAAGCUCUCUUCAUCAGUGAGAGAUCUGGGUGCGAGAUUAUUGACAGAUUUCCCCUAUUCUCGUAGCUCGCUGGAAGAGUUUACUGAACGUGUCACUUUUAUUUGGUUUUCAGGUGAGAAGUUCCGUUAUGGGAUGACAUUUGGGUACAGCACCCAGAACGCAGCGCCAAUGAAAGCCCUGACCGCCUAAAGACUUAACUUUCUGUGUUUAUGCAAUAUGUGUAUGAAAUAAUUUUGGUUAAAACUGAAGAAGUAAUGAAGAUAGUACCAAAUAUCUCAUCGACAGCCGCGCAAGUUUAAUUCAAAACAUUUAUUUUGUAUUCACGCAAAGAUCACUAUCAUUUGGAUAAUCUGUUAAUGUCAAUAAAAAUUUUAAUAAGGAAAGGCUGGCUGUAAGAUUCUGGGAUAUUGGUCUUGAAAGAAAUUGUUUCCCUUCUUCCGAUGCUGGAAGAGGAAGAGAAAAGUCCUUUUGGCCUCGAGCGCCGUCGAGUGCCCAAAGAACUUCGUGUCACGUAUGUACAGGCCAGUUUCCUUAUAAAGUAUCAAAUAAAACACUCUGAUUACAGGAAGCCAACUCCCUUUCGACAGAUGGAAUUAGACUCAAACUCAUG